GUUCGUACGAGGUGGCGAGAACUGGGAGGCAGCGAUGGAGUCGAGCGAACAGUCGCGCUCUGGUGGUCGAGGUGUGAUGUUGUCCGUCAGGAGCAGGUUUUGACAGACGGAUAGCGGAAAUAUAUAUCUGACAAAAACUCACUAAAGUGAUUGUGAUAAUGGAUUUAUGAAUGUGAUUACGAAAACAGCAUAACCAUGAGUUUCAAAACGUUUCAUACCGCACUGGCUGUCCUGUUAGCACUCCUGCCGAACCAAAUCGCAUCACAGGACAACGUCUUGCCCUCGCGACCUGGGGGAUUGCUGGCGUCCUCAGGCGGUCCUGUGAAUGGACACGCCGUAGGACCUAUGGAUGAGGUAGUUCACCUGAAACUACGACCAGAUGAAGUUGAAGGAUUCGUUAACGGUCCUACCGGCACGUCUGUUCUGACCGAGGAGAGACAGCAGGGCCUGGAGGGCAAGGCGAAUGUGAAGUACGUGAACGGACCGACGUCGACGUCAGUGGAGGCCGAAGAGAACAGGCAGAGAGCUGGUGGCCAAGACGCCUUCGUCGGCGGUCCUGUGGACGCGUCAGGACCGCCUGGGGAGAGCCAGCCGGGCCAACAAGGACCUUUCGUCAACGGCCCCACGGGGACGUCUGUUGCUCUCGAGGAGGGGCUGCGCCUGCCGGAGGAAGGUCGCGUCGUCGUCAACGGCCCGACGGGCAUCUCGGUGGAGGCGGAGGAGAACCAGCAGAGGCUCGAAGAGGACGGGAUCGUCAGCGCCUCCAAUGCUCAGAAGAACCGAGGGAGAAUAUCGACAAAUCCUGAAGAAGCCGAUGUCAACCAAAAGAUACCUUCCGGACUCUACCAUGACACCACAGACUGGUCGACGGAUUCCAAGCACUGGAACUACAAGGCGGGCGAGUGGUCCCUGGUCUACCUCCCGGACAAGGACCACCAAGCCCUUCCCGCACACGAGAUCCCGGGGCCCUCGCUGGUCGUCGUCACCGAAGACGUCCUGAAGAAGGUGUACGUCAGACGAAAGGUAGUUGGCCUGAGUCAAGUGCUGUUCCACUUUCGGUAUUUCCUCAGCACUAGUGAAGACCUUAAUAAGGGAGGUACCCAUCCUGAAGGUGUACCUCGUCCAAGGAAACACCAGCAAGCUUCUGUCCGACAACUUGCAGUCACAUGGAGCCUGGCAGGACAGCAAUUUAUCUUUGGACGUUUCUGGAACUUUCGAGAUAAUUUUUGAGGGAAGACUGAUGAAAAAAGGUAAUGAGAUAGCUUUGGAUGACAUCACAAUCCGUGGAGUAGGAACUGGCGAUGGAGAAGCGGGCUCAGAUGACCAGCAGGAAUACGACGUAGAAUCUUCAGGAACUA